GUGGUGAGCAAAGCUUGACCUGCCUGGGUCAUAGAGCAAUGUGCGGUUAGCCCUGCCGAGAGCUGCAAGCAGGAUGCAUGAAGCAUUGCCCUAAACCAAAGUGAUGUGGGGCUGCAGGAACACCUCCAGCACAAGGCAACAUUUAGUAGUGGUUAGGAGUUAGGUACAGAGUUAAAGCAUGCACAUAUUAAAUCCCAACCUUGUUUCAAGCACAACACAUCUCAGUAACAUCUCAGUUUCUCCUGCUUUUUCCCAUUGCUGCUAACUCCAAGCAGAAGCCCGUGGCAGAGGAAAAGCCAGACACUGAACCCCACUGUGCCUUGCUGUCUGUGAGUAGGUCUUAGCAGGUUCCCACUGUGACACUGGGGACACCUUGGUCACGAUUACUAAGAUGGAAAAUACGCAGAAUUGCUUCUGCUAUGGCUUAGAGGAAGAACAAAAAUGAGCAUCUCAGACAACCCAUGUCCUCUGGUCAUGUCACCCAUGGACACACAGCUGGGAGUAGGGAGGUGACAGGAGUAUGCCACCAUGCCUAAUGGCUCAGAUGGUGGUAGGACCCCUCCAGCAGAGUCUUGGGAUGGAUGAGAAAUUUUUUUGGAAGGGGAUGAGGAGCAAAUGAGAUGUUUCUGGGCAGCAGGAUGGCUGGGGUCUGCCCUACCAAUGCCAACUGCUCCACUUGUCCUGUUGGGGUGGGACUUGGGACACUGAUUCCAGGACAGAGGUUUGCACACAAAAUCUGCCCAUACUGCAGCCAGCCUGGCUGCAACUUCCUCUGAGGUCACGACUGUCACAAAAAAACCCUGCAAACACCUUCACCCAAUGAUAAUUUCUUCUCUACCAGACAAGGGUUACAUUUCUGAUAACAGCUUUGUGGAAGCAUCUACUGUGAAGCCACAACCGCAUCGCACCCUCCUCACCAAGAUGCUUGAAGCAGUGUGGUGCUCAGGAUGUUCACAAGUGAUGCUCUGGAGAGGAUGUGCUAUGGAGUAUGGCAUCUCCCUGAGUUGCCCUUUUUUCCCCCCUCCUGCUCAUCCUUUAUACAGCACCAGCCUGGUCAAGUCAUUGGCUACCUGCCCACCCCUCUCACGGCAGAGAAACGAACUCCAAGUGAGGUGUGCGUUCUGCUGAAGUGAAUCAGGCAGGACUGGGCACCGCUCCCUGCCCCAUCUGGCCUCCUGGGGGUGCUCGCACUUCUUCUCUCCCCGGCUAGAACGAAAUUUCCUGCGUGCACGGCUCAGGCGGGCGCGGCGGGGCUGCGCUGCGCUGCUCCGGGGCUGUGCGGCGAUGGAGGACCCCCGAGGAGCGCCGCUGAAGCUGCUGCUGGGGCUGCUCUCCUUCCUCACCUCCCACGGAGGGACAGCAGCAUUCCUGGUGACAGCCCCAUACACGCUCUGCGUCUGCCCUGAGGGCCAGAACGUCACCCUGAGCUGCCAAGUGAGUGGACCACUCACCGACCACCACGACCUGAUCUUCAAAACCUGGUACUUCAGCAACAACGGUGACCAGAGCUGCUCUGAGAAGCGACACAUUCGCAACCUGACUGAGAAGGAGCUGCGCCACGAUUCCGGCCGGCACCACGGCACCUCUGCCAACAGCACUGUGAGGUUCCCCCAUGGAUCACCAGGUGGUCACCGUGGCGUGGAGUUCGUCCCUGACCAUCAUGGGGCUUUCCACAUUGUGGUGAUGAACCUGACAAUGCAGGACAGCGGGAAUUACUGCUGCUACGCCAUGGAGACACGGCGGGAGCACGGGAAGGUCCAUACCCUGCACGUAGCUCACGGCUUCGUAGAGCUCCAGAUCCAGAGGGGCAGAGGAGCACUUCAGAACUGCACCUUUCACACUGCUACCAGCAAAGAUAUCACAGCCGCUGCGCUGGCAACGGGCGCCUGCAUUGUGGGCAUCCUCUGCCUGCCCCUCAUCUUGCUCCUGAUUUACAAGCAGCGGCAAGCGGUCAGCCACAGACGUGCUCACGAGCUGGUCCGAAUGGAGAGCAGUGCCCAGGGCAUUGAGAACCCUGUCUUCGAGGCGCUCCCUGUGAGCAGUGCUGAGCAGCGGCCCCGACCCCAGCUCUCCUACCUGGGUGGACGGCAGCUCUCUGAGUCCGGCCGACACCUGCUGUCCGAGCCCAGCACCCCGCUGUCCCCACCAGGCCCUGGGGAGUGCUUCUUUCCCACUCUGGACCCUGUUCCUGAUUCACCAAAUUCCUUAAAAGCCUGAAGAGCCCCAUGGCCAAUGCAACGGAAGAGGGCACUGUGUUGUGGUUGUGCAGGAGGGGAUGCGGCCAGAGCGGGCAGCAACUCCCACCCAACCACCCCCAGCAGGAAAAUUAAAAAUAAAUAGAAUAAAGACCUCCACACCUUCCUCUCCCCAGUGCCUGGACAGCAGCUGCUGGUUUUCCCUCACAUUACAAGGAGGAACACUGCAGAGAGGACAAUGGAAAGAGCCUGAUCUCGGUUGUCAUUAUGCACCAGACAAUAGAAAAGGGGAGGAUGCCAAUACAACCAAACAACAGCAAAGUGCCUUAAAAAAAUCAAGUCAAGCCCAGGAGUCUUGCCCGUUUCUCCUGUCCCAGUGAUCUCUCUUGCUCGGGCUUUGGGUUUUACUGCCUAUUUUCGUGGCAAAGAGCACAGAGAGGGACGAUUGUGCGCAGCCUGUAUGAGGAUGUAUGCUAUUGACAUUUCAUUGUGGAUCUCACCUUGUGCCUAAAUCCCAGAGGAUGGAAGGAAGAGCAGCUCUGGGCCCCAGGAGUUGCAUCUCCAGCUCCUCCUGCCUGCUUCCCCCAGUACUUAACUUAUUGUCAGGGGCUCCACCUGCGUGGUGCUUACCCAUCCUGCUCGCUUGGACAGCAUAUCCUUUCCAGGAGCAUAUGGUAAAGUAGUCGAAGCACUGCGAGACAAAACAGAGGCACUGGCCAACUUUACACGAAGGGUUUCUUUGCAAAACAGGAAGGGGAGAGGCUCAAUCCUGCCGCAGCCCUCCUGCCCCACUGCUUGCUGGCACAGCCUGCAGCCAGAGGGCUGCUUGUGCUGUGAUUCUGUACUCAGCUUCAGAGCAGUAGGACUCAUCUUUCUGUUUGUGCCAUUAUCAGUGCUGAUUAAAAUGUAAAAAAAAAAGGAUUUUUUUUUUUUUUUAAGCUAGUGAGUUAGAUAGGUUGUCUGCAGAGUGCUGGUGGAUUUUCUGGCUCUGCAUGCAGCUGCACUGGUAUCACCUUCACUGCAAAACUGAGCAGUCCUAGGGCACUAAAACAGCUGGAGCCAUGCAAGAAAAACCUGUCUAUGCACAGCAUUCGUAAUGCAGAAGGCUGUCCAGCCUCAGUGGCACAAAGCCAUCAAGGAAAGGCUGUGCCUUUAUGAGGAGGAAGCUUUAACCCAUAGUCCGGCUUAAGAAAAAGACACAAAGAGGUGUGCAAGCCACUGGGCGGGUAGAAGUGUGAGGAUUUGCAAGCUGUAACCUGUGCUGCUGCUUGCAGCAAGUUUCCUCCAAAUGUAGAGCAGGGCUUUGCAGCCAGCAUGCUGCCAGAAGAUGCGUGAGAUGGGGAGAGAUAAGGGUGAGGUGGAGGCGAGGCGAGAUGGCAGCGAGGUCAUGCUGUGCUGGGAGCAAUGUACACUUGCAUAUGGGUGUUUGCUCAUGCAUCUUGCUGGGUUCAGCAUCCUGAGACAAUUCUCUGUUUUGGUGUGAGCUGGUGGGCAGGACAACCCCUGCUUGCCCAUGGGGAUGCUUGGAGUUUUCAGCUGAGAUAUGAAAGAGCUCAGAACUUCUGCUUAAACCAC